AUGGACAUUGAUCUCACGGUAAAAACGGUUGGAAAGCUGUCGGGCCACAAAGCGUGCGUAACGAAGAUUGUAUUUAGCAACGAUGAGAACCACAUCGUCAGCUCAAGCUUGGACAACACUGUUUGUCUGUGGAAUGUGAACAAGCAGUUUCAUAUAAACACCUACAAAGAUGUUCACAAAAAGGGCAUAAACGACGUCGCCCUGUUCCGGGACAAUACGAAAUUUUUCUCAGCAGGAAAUGACGCCCACGUUUACCUUUGGGACACCCUCUCGAACAAGGUUUUAAAUAGGCUGCACGUGAAUGAUAAAGUUAACGUAAUCAGACUGAGCCUGAAUGAGAAGCUGCUCUUUUGCAGCAGAAGCAACUCGGUCAAUGUGUACGACUUUAGGGAGAGGGACUACAAGAAGAAGAACACCCCUUUGCAGGCCUUCAAUGAAGCGAGGGACUCCAUCUCAGACAUCUUUGUGGACGAACACGAAAUCUAUACGGGGAGCAUCGACAACUGGCUAAGAGUGUACGACCUGCGGAUGGGGAAGCUGCUAAGCUACGACAUGAGGUCCUCCAUCCUCAGCAUCGACGUGACGAAUGACAGGAACUACUUCUGUGUGAACUGUAUUGACAAUAGUGCCAAGUUGGUGGAGAAGAACAGCGGAACCCUCCUGGGGCUGUACAGAGGCGACUCGAACAACUGCCACCGGAGGAACAUCAAGCUGGACAACCGAAACAAGUUUAUCCUCUCCUGCACGCACCACAACGAGUUGCACAUCUACGAUCUUGUAAAGAGCAACCUCAUUAAUAACUCCACCGUUUAUAGAAACGUUCAGUAUGAGCAAAAUUUGGAUAUAUACAAAAACACGUAUUGCAAGGUACCCAUAGGGAGACCUACCUACUACGUAACCGUUAACAGACACAUGGUGUUGGAGAGCUCCUACAUCGACAAGGAGAAGUAUGACAGCGUGCUGGGAAAGUACAAACAGUAUGGGAAGAAGAAACAAGUUCCUUCCUUCGAUCGGAACUUCGAAAACGUGGAUAACAAAUUGGUAUGCGGAGAUGUGGACGGUAACAUACACGUGCUGCAGCUAUACUACGGAUGA